AUGUCAGAAAAAACUAGUAGUCGCAUUUUCUCAGGCAGCAGAGUUUUAGGUUAUGUUAGUACACAUGUGCCGUGUGUUGCUAGAUAUAUCCAAAGACGUGGUGAAACAAUACUUUGUACGAGCGUAGGAAAGUGGUUUCACACUUAUGGCUGUAACAAAUUCCGCUUGCUUAGCGUUAGUGGUGAGCAUCCAGGACCCAUAACAUGUAUGGUUGGAGACAAAUAUCAUGUCUACACUGCAAGUGAAAAUAACAUUUAUGCCUGGAGACGUGGUUGCGAAUUAACGCAUGUGUAUAGAGGACACAAUGCUUCCAUUAAGUUGAUGUAUCCUUUUGGCCCUCAUCUUAUAUCAAUAGAUGAAGACAACAUUUUGAAAGUGUUUGAUAUCAAAGAAGAGACAGUAGUACUAGAAAUACCAUAUGAAAAGAAAGUAUUUGACAUAACCACUAUAUGUCAUCCUCCUACAUAUUUAAACAAAGUUCUCUUGGGCAGCAAACAAGGCAGAUUACAGUUAUGGAAUUUAAAUACAUCAAAAUUAGUUUAUACUUUUAAUGGCUGGAACUCUUGCGUUAAAAUUACGGAGCCAGCUCCUGCAAUCGAUGUUGUUGCGAUAGCUUUAGCGAAUAACAAGAUUGUGCUUCACAAUUUGCGUUAUGAUCAACUUGUUAUGGAGUUCACCCAUGACUGGGGAAAGGUCACUUCUCUGUCAUUUCAAAUAAACGGCACACCUAUUAUGGUUACCGGAAGCUCUGCCGGUCAUAUAGUUACAUGGAACUUAGAAGAAAAGAGAGUUCAUACACAGAUGGAGUCUGCUCAUAAUGCUAGUGUAGCAGGCUUGCACUGUAUGUUAUCGGAACCAUUGAUGGUAACAAAUUCUGAGGACAACUCUCUGAAGCUAUGGAUAUUUGAUAUGCCUGAUGGUGGAGCUCGACUUUUGCGAAAAAGAGACGGACCCGCUCUCCCUCCAAAUUAUGUAACAUAUUGUGGCUUAACUGGAGAUAAUCUUUUAGUAGCUGGAAGAGAUAGUAGCCUCUACAUUAUGAAUACUAUAUCAGAAACAUUCAAUAAGAAUUUGGGGAGAGCUUCUCGUAACAGAAAGGCUUCCAAGAAAAAAAAGAGAAGUCAAUAUGAUCCAUUGAUCAUGCCGCCAGUCACAAGGCUUAGCCUAUGCAUGCAAAGAGAUAAACAGUGGGAUAGUGUAGCAGCGAUUCAUAGGAACUUACAUUGGGUGACAACUUGGUCUUAUCAUAAAAUGAAAAUGGGUCAACACAUACUGAAGGCUCCAGGCCUUAUAAAAGGAGAUGUUGCAACAUGCCUCACUGUCACUAACUGUGGAAACUUUGUUAUAAUCGGUUAUAGUAAUGGACAAGUACACAGAUUCAACAUGCAAUCAGGAAUACACAGAGGGACUUUUGGGAAUGAGAAGAAAAUAGCACACAAAAGUGCCGUCAGAGGAGUUGAGACUGAUUUAUGUAACCAAAAGGCUAUCACUGCAGGUGCAGAUAAUAAACUGAAAUUCUGGUACUUUAAGAAUUUAACUGCACCAUACUCAGUUAUGCGAUUAGAAGAGUCAGUUUCAAUGACUAAAUGCCACAGAGAGAGUGCCUUGUUAGCAUUGGCUAAUGAGGAUUUCAGUAUUACUAUAGUUGAUAUAGACACAGUGAAUAUAGUGAGAAAAUUUGAGGGACAUGCAGGAAAAAUAAAUGACAUUGAUUUUGACCACCAAAGCAGGUGGCUGAUUAGUUCUUCAAUGGAUUCUACAAUAUGUACAUGGGACAUACCUAGUGGUGAACUUGUAGAUAUAUUUGUAACUGAGCGACCAUGUACAUCCUUAAGCAUGUCACCUACUGGCGAUUACUUAGCCACGACGCAUGUCGGUGAUAUAGGAGUGUUUCUAUGGGCUAACAAACUUUUGUAUGAAAAGAUAUUCCUGAAACCAAUUGACCGAUAUUCUGUGGAUAUACCUAAACUUGCUCUGCCUACAUUGACACCAAAAGAUCCAUGUCAAAAUGAAACAGAAAUCAUUGAAGUCUGUGAAGAACCAGAAUACAAAUCUCCCAUCCAAAUCAGUGAAGAAUUAAUAACUUUGUCGAAUCAGCCAACGUCGCGAUGGUUGAAUUUAUUAAACCUCGAUAUUGUGAAAAAACGUAAUAAGCCAAAAACACCUCUGACAAUACCAAAAUCGGCACCUUUCUUCCUGCCCACCAUACCAAGCUUAGAGCUGGAAUUUGACGUAGAAAAAGACAAAGAACACAAUAGUAAUUCUAAGUUAUUGAUACCCGAAUCUCUGUCGACGUUGUCAGCAUUCGCCAAGAAACUAAUAUCUUCUGAUAAUAAUGAAGACUUCAGUAAAUGCGUUGAGAUUUUGAAGACCUUAUCCUCGUCGGCUAUUGAAGUUGAAAUCAACAGUAUGGCGCCUGACAUGGGCGGCUCUAUAGACGUAAUGGUUAAAUUCUUGCAAAUGUUAGAGAUUACAUUGAACAGUAACAGAGAUUUCGAAUUAGCUCAAUCUUAUUUAAGUUUAUUUUUAAAAUCCCACACAAAGGUUAUAUCCGAGGAAAAAGAACUGCGUGAUUCAUUGAUUUCAGUAGAAGAAGCGGCCACAGAAUCAUGGUCGAAAUUACAAAAUCAGUUGAUGUAUAAUAUCUGUAUAGUUAAGGCAUUAAAGGACAUGUAAUAAAUUUUACUUUUGUUCUUUUAUUUUAAUGUUUUUUUAUUUAUUAUUGCUAUUAUUUGUAGUAGCAGUGGUAGUGUCUAAUGAAGUGUGUUACACUGUGUAUUUUCCAAAAGGAGUUGUAACGGCAGUCUUUCCUAGACACUACAUUCACAAAAUCUCGAUUGUGAAAUUUCUAUUAAUUGUUAAAGCACACUGUACAUUAAACACGUUAGU